AUGUUACAAAGUUUCAAUUUAACCAUUUUUAAUAUAUCAAAAAAAUGGAUUAAAAAUGGUAUUAAAAUUAAUGAAAAAUUUUCUUCAACUUUAACUUGUAAUAAAAAAAAUGAUAAUUUUGUAAAACCUAUUAAACCGCGAAAAGUAGUUACAUGGAGUGAAGAAGAAAUAAAACGAUUACAUGAUGCAAUUUCUGAAUAUGGUCCUAAUUGGAAAAUAAUUUGGGAAAAUUUUUUUAAACCCCAUCGUAGUCCUAGAUUAUUAAAUCAAAAAUGGCGUGUGUUAAAUAUGAUUAAACAAAGACCUUCUUAUUAUAAUCAUUGGACUCCUGAAGAAGAUGAAAUAUUAAAAAAUGGUAUAAAAAUUUAUGGUGCUGGAAAAUGGGUAGAAAUAUCUAAAUUGUUUAAACAAAGAGAUAGUUUACAAGUUAGAUCACGUUGGAAAGUUAUCUCAUCUAAAACUCGUGGAAAAUGGACUCCAGAAGAAGAUUCAAAACUCUUAGAAUUAAUUAAAGAACAUGGCAAUAAGUGGACAAUGAUUGGAAAAACUUUUAAUCGUUCGCCAGAUGAUGUUUAUCUACAUUAUUUUUAUCUUAAUAGAGUAAAGUGGACAAAAGAUGAAGAUAAAAAACUUUAUGAUCUAGUCAAAAAGUACGGUGAAGAUUGGGAGGUUAUUAAAAAAUACUUCCCAAGGAGGAGUUUUUAUGAUAUAAAACUUCGAUAUAUAAAAUAUCCAAGAACGAAUCCUAAUAUUAACGUAGGUAAAUGGAAUUUGGAAGAGAUUGCUGCAUUUAAUAAAGCAUUUUGUGAAUUUGGAAAGAAAUGGAAAUAUGUAGCUGAUUCAAUUAGAACUAGAACACCAAAUCAAUGUUCUCAGUAUUAUUAUAGAAUUUUCAAAAAAUCGGUUAAUAAUGAUUAA